ACCCCUUUCACACGGCAGUCCAGUUUUGCAGGAUCGGCUUUUUACGGUAUCCUGCUAAACUGGACGCUGUGUUCACAUGGCAGUUCAGUUUUGCAGGAUUCAGUAAAAAGCUGGUUCCGCAAAACUAGACUGCCGUAUGAACACGGUUGCAUCCUGUUUUUUUACCAUUCCUACGCCGGUUAUCAGGUGAAAUGGACGUAAAUACUUUCCUAAUUUUCUAUUGGUAUUAUCGGCGUCGGCAGCGAAAUAGAAGAUUCUGGGUUCAUCCUAUUCUGACACAACGCUCGAAUUUGGGUAUUUUUCGGAAUCUUAUGAGCGAUUUGAGAAGAGAUGAGUCAAAAUUUUUCAAUUAUUUUAGAAUGAGUAUGACCACAUUUGACGAUCUUUUAAAAAGGGUGAAUGAAGAUUUAAAAAAAACAUGAUACAAAUAUGAGAAAAAGCAUCACACCUGAAGAAAAGUUAGCAAUAUGUUUAAGGUACUUGGCAUCUGGGUGUUCGUACAUGGAUUUGCAUUACGCAUAUCGAGUGGGAGUCUCAACAAUCAACUCAAUAAUAGUAGAAGUAACAAACGUCAUAUGGAAUAAUUUGCAUCAGGAGUUUAUGAAAUUGCCCGACACAAAAUAUGAGUGGGAACAAAUUGCUGACGCAUUUUAUAAUAAAGCUAACUUUCCUCACUGCAUUGGUGCAGUUGAUGGGAAGCACAUAAGAAUGAAGAAACCAAGUCACAGCGGUUCUAUGUACAUGAAUUACAAGAAUUUUUUUUCCAUUGUAUUGCUAGCGGUAGUGGAUUCGAAUUAUAGAUUCACCUAUAUCAGCGUAGGCUCUUAUGGCAAAGAAUGCGACUCCUCUAUAUUCAAAGAAUCUACUUUCUGGAAAAGAUUAAAUGAUGGCAGUUUAGAUUUACCAGAAGCUCGUCCUCUCUUUACAGGUUUGGAAUCACGUGUUCCAUUUGUGAUAGUGGGUGAUGAAGCAUUUGGUUUGCAUUAUAAUCUGUUGAGACCCUAUGGAGGAACUCAUUUAGAUAAAAAUAAAAGGAUAUUUAACUAUCGAUUAACAAGAGCCAGACGUUAUGUGGAGUGCGCGUUUGGAAUAUUGGCAAAUAAAUGGCGAAUAUUUCAUCGUCCAUUGGACGUAAGCACCAGUACAGCUAUCUCGAUAGUUAAAACUUGCGCCGUGCUUCAUAACUAUAUCAUGCAUAAUGAAAGUUCAUAUGCGAACAUUGACAGCAACGAUUCAACGAUAUCUUUGGAAAACGUACGUAAUGAGCCAAAUACACGAGGUGGACGCUGUGCUAACACAAUACGAACAGAGUUCACAAAUUAUUUUGUUUCUGAAGUGGGAGCUGUACCUUGGCAAGACGAAGCAAUACAAGGAUAAACGAAAUAAAUAUAAAAACUUACCAUAGCUUUGUC